UCCUCAUUCUCACUGGCUCUCAGUCUCAGAAGCUGUUGCGAGUAGUGAGUGUGUUGUGUGUGCUGGAAUCAAUGCUAGGAGGCAGACGGUGCGAGCGCUCGGUGCUUCUGAAAGACAAUGCAAGUUUGCUGGUGCGAGCGUGCGACUUGCUGAGAUGAGUCCAGGGAGGCGGUGUAUAAGGCAGGAUCGCAGGGGCUGCGCUGGGAGAUGAUUGCAACCACCAGCCGUGUUGUUUUCCUCUCCCUGCCUGUUUUUGACUUGAAAAGAUCAUGACAGAAGUCUUUCUCUCGGCUCUUUUGAAUGUUACUCAAAGCACUUUGCUGGCAAGUGGCUCAUCAGCUGGGAAUGUCACAAAAUGCUCUCUGACAAAGACAGGCUUUCAGUUCUAUUACCUCCCUGCCGUCUAUAUAGUCGUCUGCAUCACGGGAUUCAUUGGGAACAGUGUGGCCAUAUGGAUGUUCAUUUUUCAUAUGAAACCAUGGAGCAGUAUCUCGGUCUACAUGUUUAACCUGGCCUUGGCGGAUUUCCUUUAUGUCCUGUCUCUCCCGGCCCUGAUAUUUUAUUAUUUCAAUAAAACAGACUGGAUCUUUGGGGAUGCCUUGUGCAAACUACAACGCUUUAUUUUCCAUGUUAAUCUUUAUGGCAGCAUCUUGUUCUUGACUUGCAUCAGCGUGCACCGUUACACAGGGGUUGUACAUCCACUUAAGUCACUUGGGAGGCUGAAGAAGAAGAAUUCCAUCUACAUCAGUGCACUGGUCUGGUUCAUUGUCAUAGCCGGUAUUUCUCCCAUCCUUUUCUUCUCCGGGACUGGCAUCAGGAAAAACAAAACCAUCACCUGCUUUGAUACAUCUUCCGACGAGUACCUGAGAAGCUACUUCAUCUAUAGCAUGUGCACCACCGUCUUUGGAUUCUGCAUUCCCUUCAUUUUAAUUCUGGGCUGUUAUGGAUUAAUUGUCAGAGCUUUGAUUUACAAAGACAUGAACAAUGCCCCCCUCAGAAAAAAAUCUAUUUAUCUGGUUAUUAUUGUCUUGACUGUCUUUGCUGUCUCCUACCUUCCUUUCCAUGUGAUGAAGAAUCUAAAUUUAAGAGCCAGGCUGGAUUUUCAGUCUCCCGAGAUGUGUAACUUCAAUGACAGGGUGUAUGCCACCUAUCAAGUGACUAGGGGUCUUGCAAGCCUCAAUAGCUGUGUAGACCCUAUCCUGUAUUUCUUGGCAGGAGAUACCUUUCGGAGGAAGCUUUCCAGGGCGACCAGGAAAGCGUCCAGAAGAAGUGAGGCUAAUGUGCAAUCUAAAAGCGAAGAGAUGACUCUCAACAUCUUAUCAGAGUACAAGCAGAAUGGGGACACGAGCUUGUGAAGACGAAAGGUCAGGGUUGACCAUGACGGGCAACUGUUGGAACGCAUCUGUUCAGAGAGGUUCCCUGCAAUGGUGUUUACGGGUUACUUAAAAUACUGAACAGAUCAGGCAAGAACCACUGCAGUUUCGGUUGGAGGGAGUUGAACAUCAUUCUACAGCGUGAGAGACAUUUGUCUUUGGAGGAGAUGAACAAAAAGGAUGUUCUAUCUGUGUGUGUGUGUGUGCUUGUGUGUAUUCGCUAUCUGCACCAUAUCUAUACCAUGGCAUUUUUUACUUUUACUAAUUAUUCCAGAAACUACUGUGAAUAAGGAUUUACUACAGCUAACACGGUGAAGGAAUGUAUCUCAACAAGUCCUAAUGUGCUGUUUCAAGAUAAUCGAAAGUAUUAGUUAACCAGCUGGUUUUAUUUCUUGUGCAUUCGUUCGGUUUACAAGUAGACCUAUCUGUGAUCUCCCCCUCCCGGAGGGACAUCAAUUGAGUAUUAUUGCAGUAGAGAUAUAUGUUCGACAAGCUCCCUAUGUUCGUAGAGGGCUGGGCUGGGAAGUGCCCCUUUCUCUAUCUGUCAAUCUUUAUAUGUAGCUGUGUCAGUAAAAGUAGAGGAACAAAAAUGAAUUAUAUUUAAGACAAAAUCCAAUACACUGGGUUGACAGAAAAGUGCUGAAAUAGAUUAUCCACCACCCCCCCUCCUUAGGCUGAUGUCUAUUGAAAGCGUUAGAUUUUUUUUCUUACCAUCUUCUGUAGAUGAAGCUCUUGGGUUCAUUAAUAAUUACACCCCAAAAAGAGUUUUUUGGAAGUGUUUCAACAUCAAGGAGAAAUCUGAUGGUUCAGGGCCUUAUCACUGGGGAAAGCUAAUGAAUGAACUACAGUUUAGUGGCUUAAAAGCCUACUAGUUAGCAAUAGUUAGAUUACCCUGUCCAUUAAUGCAGGGUAAGGGCAGAGACACACUCAGAUUCGGGGGAUUUAGUCGCCCGUUGAUAAAUCGCCUCUUUUUUGUGCGACCAAUAUCCCCGAACUGCCUCCUGCCUACUAGAAUCUAAAUCGCUGGUGGGAUGGCACUCUUGGGCGCUUUGUUUUCCGAAGUCGCCCGAAGUUUGUCUCUGUGUCUCUGCCCUUAGUGUUCAUCUUGGUUCCAUUCAGACACCACAUGCUAUAUAGCAAGGUGCACUUUUCUUUUUCAUUUAUUCUAUUUUUUUGUAGUCCUCUGUUCCGAUCCCACUAAUGCCUGACAAAUACACAAAAGUAUAUAUAGUCUUGAAAUAGAGCUGAAGGGUUCUCCCCGGCUCCUACUUACCUAACGUUACAUUUUCUUGAUGUGGGGCAUGAUAUCCGAUAUCUUGUCAAAUGAAUAUGAAGGGAUACAUAUGUGAUAUACAUGUUCAAUGUACUGUGGACAUUUUUUGCAUUUAGUACGUGUUUUAAUGCUCCUGUGGAAACAAAAAAAAAAAAGUUUUAUUUUUGUACUAUUGUAAUUUAAUAUAGUUCAGUAAAUCGGUUUUUAUUUGUGAUUUAACAGUGCCAUUUAUUUGAUUUUAUUUUUUUUGCCUAUGGAGACAGUGUUACUUGACUUUUAAAGCUUCUCAGGUUUUGUAUCGGAUAUCGAAUAGUAGAUUGCCACUAAAUGUGUUUUAACUAUCACAAUCCAAGGGUUGUCUGUUGCCGUACGGCGCUGUGAUGUGUGCAUGUAGAUGUACAGUGUGUGUGUACAGCAUGGUAUUAGACACUAGCAUCUUUACAAGGGAACAGCAAAGCUACACAAGUGUGUCUGGUGUUGUACUUAGCAAUUUAAACCUGAAAGAGAUCCAAUAAAACUCUUAAAUAUUA